AUGUAUAUCCAGUUAAAUAGAAACAAAAAGAAAAGAAAACAUAUUGAAGAAGAGAAAUUAAAAGAACAAGAAACUGCAAAAAUAUACGCUGAAUUCGUUCGUUCAUUUGAAGGAAAUACUUUUGAUAAAGAUAAUAAGUUUGUUAAAAGUAAAAUUUUAAAUCCAUCAACAGGCGAAAUUAUAUCAGCAGAAGAUGAAAAUAAAAAAGUAAAAAACAAAUUUCUAAAGAGUAAUAAUUCAAGUGAAGAAGGAAAAAAAUAUGAUGAACAUGUAGAAAAUAAAAAUAACACAGCAAAAGUGAAGGAAAUAGAUAGUUUUUUAGAAGAAAUCAAACAAAAACAAAGAAUAUUGGAUGAAAGAAAAAUUUUAAAAGAAAAAGCUCAAUUAGCUAAAUCAGAAGAAGAAAAAAUUAAAAUUAAUAAAAAAAUAAUAGAAAUAGAAAAAAAUGAAACAAUAUUAUCCUAUGUACCGAAAAAAGAAAAAGUUGCUAAUUUGUAUUUAGGAAAUUUAUCUCCAGAAGUUACGGAAGAAUAUUUAUGUCAAAAAUUUGGGAAAUUUGGGAAAGUUAACAGUGUAAAAAUAAUGUAUCCUCGUAAAGAUGAAGAUAAAAAAAAAGUACGAAUAUGCGGUUUUGUAUGUUUUGAUAAUAGAGAAGAUGCAGAAAAUGCGAAAGAUGCAUUAGAUGGCAUAGAAAUGUAUGGAAACAUUGUGAGAGUUGGGUGGAGUAAAGCAAUACCUAAAAUAGUAAAUAAUCCUAGAACGGAAAUGAAUAAUUUAAAUAUUAACAAUUUUAAUGUGAAUAAUAACAAUUCAAAUAAAAAAAUUGAAAUAUUGUUACCAGAAGAUAAAAAAAUAAAGAGAAUAAUUGACUUAUUAGCUAAAUACGUUACUGAAGAAGGAUAUACAUUUGAAGAAACUAUAAAAAAAAAUGAAAAAGAUAAUCCAUUAUUUAAUUUUCUUUUUAGCAAAUCAGAUUUAUAUUAUUAUUACAAAUGGAGAGUUUUUUCUUUUGCUCAAGGAGAUAGUUAUAAAAACUGGAGAUCAGAUCCAUUUCAAAUGUUUGCAAAUAGUUAUAUUUAUGUGCCUCCUAUAUUGAAUAAUACAAAAACCAAUUUCCACAAAAAGAAGGAAAAUACGAGAAAUAAAAAGAAUGAAUUAGAUGAAAAAAAAAAAAAUAAGUUAAUUAAUAUUAUAAAUACUUUAAAUAAAAAAAGUGAUUUCAGUUUAGAUAUUAUUAAAACAAUUUCCAAUUUUUUAAUUGAUUUAAAAUAUGAUUUAUUAAAAAAGAUAAAUUUAGUUUAUUUAUUAUCUGAUAUAUUGUACAACUGUAGCAAUGAGUUUUUUUCAUCAUGGUCAUUUAGGAAGCACAUAGAAGAGGAAUUACCAAGAAUAUUUUAUUAUUUUAGAAAAAAUAUAAAAAAAUGUGAUAGUAAAAUAAAAGUAAAAAUAUUUACUGAUUCUAUGAUGAAUAUAUUUCAUAUGUGGGAAAUAUGGGCUAUUUAUAAUUCUUUUUUUAUGAAUGGAUUAAAAUGUUUGUUAUCGUAUAAAAAAAUUACUUACAUAAAAAAUGAAAUACAUGAAUCUGGAUGUGAUGAAGAGUUAGAUGGUAUUAAAAUAGAUUUUUUUGAUGAAAUAAAAAAAUAUCCCUUAAAUUUAAGAAGAUAUGCUUAUUCAUAUUUUCAAAAAGAUGAUUAUCAAUUAAAUAAAUUAUGUGAACAAAGAGGUUUGUACUUUAAUGAAAAUUUUAACAAAAAUAAAAAAAUAAAAUAUUUAUUAAUAUAUGAUAACUUCUGUAAUAAAAUUAACACAGAUAUACCUAAAAAUAACUUAAAUUAUUUACAAGAUGAUAUUAAAAAUCCUGUUUUAAAUCAAGAACUAAACGAUAAUAUAUAUAAUGAGGAAAAAAAUAGUAAAACUUUUGAAAAAUAA